AUGGCAACAUCUAAUACACAACCAGAGCAUUACGCGCUGCAAUUACCCGCGACCCUAGUGACCAACGCUCAUAUGCAUGAUGUAAUCGAAGUGAAAAAAGUGGCCAAUACCACUCUGUUUGUGCGAGUAAACCGUGCUUUACUGAUUUGUGAGCUAUCCCGAGGCAGUUACGAGGAAGUGCGUCGCAGAGAUAAUUUCUUCGGUUUGACCAAUAAGCAUGUCAACUACCCUUGGGAUGUAUAUGAGCCAUCGUCGCUUAUCAUACGAAACCCCACGGGAGUUGAGGUGUAUAAGUGGGAUGAUCGCAAUCUAACGCUGCAGUACAGGAUAUCGAAAUAUCAUGAUCACUCGGGUUAUGGUUUGCCCGAAAACACGUUUCUCUUCGGCAAGAUCUUUCCCUCCGAAGAACACAUUGGUAUUGUAUCGCGCCUCGACACAGACGUACAAUUUCGUUCGAUUGCCCUGAACGAGUCUAAGUCUACCAUCAAAGCGUUAAAAAAAUCACCCGUUUUGGACGACGAAUGGGCGACACCUACCAGUGCAUUAUGUUUGGUAGAACAUUUGGACAACAGCACACAGCAGACGAUCGCUCUACGCACCAAAUCAGAACUGAAAUUGUUUCGUUUCGAUAAUCAGUAUGAGUUGCAGCAACUAGCGGCUGUGCAGGAAUUCCCUCCAUUGGAUAGUGAAUAUGAUCGAAUAAUGUUUGCGAAGUUCGAUCAAACACGGUUUAACGAUCUGCUGCAUUUCUCAACUGACGGUCUAAAGAUAUAUCGUUACAAUACGACUGCAUCAGCGUACGAGAAGAUAUUCUACACAACGGCUUUUUCGAAAUUACGUGGCUGGAAUAGCCGUAGUGUGGAGGCUAUUACAUCAGUGGACAUUGAUGGUGACGGAUACGAUGUGCUGGUAUGUAGCGGCCCCAAAGGAUUGGACAUUCUACGGCCUCAUUCUACAUCCGCCGGAUUUGAUUUCGAUAAUGUGUUCCACGAAACAGUGGCAAACCAAACGGUACGCUAUUCGUACCUGAAGCUGGUUCAAAACCAAGAAUAUUCCAAAAAUCUAGAAAUGCUCCUACAUACAUCGAAUGGUUUAACAAAGGUGAACACAGAACGGCUAGACAUCGGUGAAGCAACUAAACCUAUAGAUGCAUCGAAAUCGAUAACACCCAAGAAGGAAGAAGAACCAGUGAUCAUCCCGGAAAUUGUUACCAACCAUUACCAUGCUGGAUGGUUGCACGAUCAACUUGAUUUGAGCUCCGUACUGCAACCAAUCAACCCUUAUAAUGGGGAGGUCGAGUUGAUGCUGCCGAUAGUCGACAUUCCCGCACCAUUUCAAAUACCGAUACGGAAAAUUAUCCAAUAUAAAAACAUAGACUACAACAACGAGCUCGGACGCGGUUGGUCAUUUCCUCUGGACUAUAUAGCACUGGAUCGACAAUCUAGCGCCUUCGUGCAAGAUCACGUCUAUUCGCUGCUUAAGGAAAACCAACGGAUCAUACUAGUGCAUCAACCCAAACUCGAGCAGGACGUAUCUUCGGAACACAUGUCCUUCACCAUUGACGGCUAUCCCGACAUUCAGAUCGUUUUCCAUGCCACGCGCAACUUCUGGAAGGUGACGAUCGACAACCGGACGAUGACGUACAUCGCGCUGAGGCAGUUUCAAACGACGAUCGCAUGCCCAAUGUGGCCGUUGUGUGGUAGUGAAUCACGUCAAACCCAAUCAUACGCUACAAGGUGGUAUCUGAGCGUGGAAGAAAUUACCGGCACUGAAGUGAAAACGCUUUAUUUCUAUGACAUAGUUAAGAACAAAACCGACAUACGUCUCACAUCCAUUGAGCUGUUCAACGGUGCACUAGUAGAGUUAAGCUACACCGAUGAUCGCAUCACACAACUCUCUGUGCUAGUGCAACAGUUUGCACAGCACUUAACCUUUCACUACAGCGACAACAAACAGUUGCUGCGGGCGAUUAAACAAAGCAACUACAACGUCUUCGAGUUUGAAUACGACCCGCAGAUGCGACUGUCGACAAUUAUCUACCCAAACGGUGCCAAAUGGACGCCGGUAUACACACCAAUUCCAAUCAAUGCCACAUCGCUCAAGAAAACCAUACCGAUCGACUUCGAUGGCUCCAUAUACUACGGGCCGGACUACGUCAUUAUUGUCGAUGCAAAUCUCACCGACGGGCGGCUUGUUCUGCACUUCCGCGAUCCGCUCGGUGCGAGCGGUUCAGGCAAAACGGAUAGCACCAAAACAAUUUACGCUUUAAGCGACAUCAAACGGUACGUCGUGCAUGCGAUAGAAAAUUUGAUCGCAGUGGUCAUUAUCUACGAUUCGUCCAAAGAUGUUGCUAUUCUGCACUUCGCAAACGGUAUGUGGCAGCACAAAAAAUAUUACGAACAGUUCCCGCUUGACGGUGUUGUUACCGCCGCCAACACGUUUAUCCUGGUGUCCGAUCUGAAAUCAUUACGAUUGGUGACGACCACAAGCGAUCAUAAGUAUAGUGAAGAAGUGCUGCGCGAGGAACUGCCAGCAAACUUUGCGGUAAAAGCGUUCCCCCACGGAUAUGCAACGUACGAGCAAGAGCUUCAAAUAUCGUUGCUUCAAGCAAAUGGCAAAUGGCUACACAUUAAAGCAGACCCGGAGAAGGUGAACUUUUUCGACGAGAUUGAUAAUUUUGUAACUUCCUUUGCCAUUAGCAGCGAGCUGGGCCAGACCAUCCGAAAGGGUCUUGUUGCGGACAUGCUAGGGGACUACAAGCAAGCAAUCAUACUAAAAGCUCCCGUGCUGCGGAACGAUGUGCUCGAGAUUCAUGUACGCUUUUUCAUGCUCAAUCUCAACGAAAAGCCGAAAAUAUUUGACUACUACACCGCGAAAGUUCCACACGCCGUUAUGAGCGCUUUUAACUACACGGUGAGUACGGAGCAGAACGAUAAAUUCGUGCUAGGAUACCGGUUGGAGAACAAGAAGUACCAGCUGAUGGUGAAAAAAUCCAGCGGUCCGCAUGCAGUUGAGCUUAAUAAGUAUCUGAACGAGGCGAAAAAGAGAAUGGCACAGCAUUAUCAAGGCAGCCGAGAGUACAACAAUAUUUGGAAAGAGGCCAAAAAAACAACCCGCGAAGAAAGUCUGCGCAUAUAUCAAAAGGUGAAGGAUGCGGUCGUUUUCGCGAUCGAUCUCUCGCAGUUUGGACUGCUCACCAACCGGGACGGUGUCGUUACCGGUAGUCAUCAGAUCACGUACGAUGGAUUGCACUGGAACCGAACGUACCUAGACGAGGAUACGAUACGCCUGCGUAAGGUGAACCAGAGUUUGACUGCUGAUUAUCGAUUAGUAAAAGCGCAUGCACAAGACACGUUCAAGAUUGUUUCCGCGACAAAUGGAGCGACGGUUUUCGACACGAAUUCCACCAAAUCGGAAGAGAUCCAGCUGAUCACGCCGUACUAUGUCCAGACACAGCCGAAGAACAGUCCACUGAGGGUGUACUUUUUUGCUAGCAACGAAACGGUUACCUUCCCAGUGGAGGAAACGCUUAACCGUGCGAGUAAUCAGAUUGCACUCAUCACCACUAGCCAUGUGAAACAAACCGCACAAGCGUUGUUGUUCCGAUGCGCCAAAUAUUUCCUCAACUCGAACAUAACCGUGCUGGGAAGUCAAACGAUAACAUCCGCCGACGAAACGGUCCAUACAACAGAGUACGUCUAUGACGCACAGGACUUGCAGCUGUCCGUGGAUGGAGUGAUGUUUCGUAAAAUUAAAAUAGCUCCCGGUGCUGACCGUGCCCGUUACGGUUGGUACGAGCAGAGCGUUGAUCUUGCGACGGGCAACACGGUUAGGAAAGCGUACACGGCUGAUGGUCAAGAGGUGCUGGAUAGAAAGUUGCGCGACCAGGAAGCAAAACGUCGUCAAUCCGAAGAACAGAGCUCGCCCAGCCGGAGUGUUCUCGAGAGGAUGAUUAUGGAUGUGAACGAGCGUGUUACUGUUGUUGAUUUGGCGCCGUACCGCUUGCUGGACGAGAUGGUAUCCUACUAUGGCUUUGAGUCCUACGAGAAAAACCUCUUCGGUAAAGAGAAACAGUGGAGUUUUGAUCAAAAGUGGCUCAAAACGGAACAUCAAAACCGUUUUCUGUCGUUGAAAGGACGAGAGCAUAACCUAACAGCGGAAUUUGAGCCACUCGAGCCCCAUAUCAUGUUUGUGGUGUCCUGCUGGUUACGAUCUUCGAAACCUGGGAAGCUCGGUGACACGGUCGACGUGCUAAAUGUGGACGUAACCUACGCGCCGGAAGGCAGGAAAGUGAUGACUUCUAACAAGGCAGAGAUAAAACAACGCAUCGGAACAUGGAACUACGUGGAAGCGAUAGUCGACACGACACAUUUUCCCACGGAAAAGAAACUUCGGUUUGUAAUCGUGCUGGCCCCGACUACCACACAUCCGUCCAUCGAUAUCGAUCAUAUCCGAUUUUCACCCCUUGGCAUGGCAUUCGAGGCUAAAAUUUACGAGUCUGGCAGAGGAGAAGUAAGCGCAGUACUUGGUACGUCCGGAUUGAUGAAGCAAUACUUCUUCAAUGGAAAAGGCAUGAAAACGGUCACCUUUUCCGAGCACGGUAUGGUGGAGCGGUUUGUAACAGAUUCGAAAGUUUUGUACACUCGCCAGUCGAACCGUAGACCGUGUGUUAUAGAGAUGAAGCCGAAAAGAUCCGGUUGGUUUGGGAAAAACGAUUUCUUCGGUAUUUCCCAUCCGGGUAGUAGUGUUUUCAAAACAUUCAACGGAACGUGGAGUACACUGGCACUGCGCUUCCUGUACACUCUUUCCCCGCACGAUGCAGGUUUACGAUUCGUUUGGCAGAAUAAAGAGUUCCAUCUGCCGUGUGCAUCCGGUGCGUCUUGCCCACCGAUGCCACAGCGUGGUGAAAUUUUAAUAUUUUUCACACCCGUGCGGGUUUCCACCUGGGUCGAUGGAGUCCUGACGCAAGAGACGCUUCUCGAGCAAGGCGCAGUUGAGGUGGCGCGGAUUUUUGAACUACACCUUUCGAAAGCAACUCAAAUUCGAGAAUUUAUUGAAAUGUAUGAUCCAACUGUUAAAGUUACUUACCGCAGUCUGUCGGGCCAACCAACACAGAUGCUCGUGUAUGAGGACCACAAUACGAUGCGCGUACGGGAGAUCCUUUACGAUGAAAUCGAACGGCCAAUUCUGCAAACAAAAUGGACAAAAGUGCGCAAUGAAACCGAUGCUCACAUGUUUGGUUAUUAUGAAAAUUUCAUUCAAGAAUUCCACAACACGACGCGCCAGCUGACUGGCCUGGUGGCAACGCUUAAUCCAACCUGUGGAGGGUUCCCUUACACACACACCGUUUACGACAAAAAUCCUACGGAAAACAAACUGAAGCAAGGAUUGCCCGGCAAGGAUUACACCAUCAAUGGGAAGUACAUGCGAGGCUACACGAACGUACCGUACAAUUUCUUUCUGAGCAGCCUUUUCCCGGAGCAGAAAGGCUUCCAUCAUAAAGCUGUACAUUUCCCGGGUGGAGCCGUUCGGGUGACCAUCGAAAAUGAAGAAGGCACCAAAGUGGCAAAAUAUUCUAAGGUGGGUAAUUACGAGCAUAGGCUAAAUACCUGGCGGUAUGGGAAGAACAACCAACUGCAACAGGAACUACCACCCAUGUAUCACUACAUGGCACAAACCUCAACAAUGAAUAGUCGUGAUGCGUUCUUCGGUGCCAACUACACGGCUGAACAAACGGCAUUACAGCAACAGUGGGAGGAUCGUUACGAUUACGAUGAUGCAAACAGACUGGUCCGGAAACGUACACCCGAUGGAGGUAUCUUUCAAUACCUUUACGAUAAGCAAGGCAUCCUUCGAUUCAGCCUGCACAAAGAUCACAACGAAACGCUUGAUCGCGUAAUACACUUUACGUACGUUGCGGAUGAUAAAGUGACGCGUGAAGCGCUGGUGCAGCUCAACGAAACCGAAUGUGUGGCGCUGACCAACAGUGGAAUACCACCCAAUUCUACCAACUUCAUCGAUUCGUUGUACGGAGAGCAUGACAAAGAUCCGAACAUGCGCUAUCGAUCGAAAUUUUCUUCCCGACGCAUCGACAACGAUCAAAUGACCGAGUUUAUGGUGUUUGAUGAAAGCAAAAAACUGCUGAAAAAAGUGUUCGUCAUCAACACGAUCAACACAUCGUACUCGAUCGACUACCAGUAUGAGAAUGAUAAGCUACGAUCGAUCAAGUAUCCGAUCGGCGCUGGAGAUGAACCGUUCACGUUUAUCUACGAUCGCAACGGUUACGGGGAAGUUACUUCCAUUCGCGAAUCAACCAUGGAUGCACCGAUGUUCGAAUUUACGUACAACGCGGAUGGCAUGGUAGAGACGAUGAAGGUACGCACAGACGCGAAGCAUAUGUUCCAGAGGAACUUCACCUACAACGAGCCAGGCUUUUUAGUGAGGCUCGAGGAUGAUUAUUUGUCGGAAAGCGUUAGCUAUCUGGAAACUGAUUCGUACGGGCAGGAUUCCUACACUCCCAUCUAUGAGGGUCUCAUAUCGAAGACAAUGUUUACUGCUCACUGGCAAAAGUCGGCCAGUCCGCUACGCAACGGUAUCUACCCGGAGUACUUCAUCUCGUCUACCAUGGACCGCAAACGAGCAGCAUUCUGCACUGAAGUGUUACGGCGUGCAGGCUACAUCGACGAAAACAGCCUUGUGAACAGGACGUUCUAUGGUGAGCAGGAUGACGAUUUACCGUUUGAGUGUGGAAAACGAAUCGUGACGCGACAUUUAUCAGCGGUGCUGAGUAGCAAAAGCAUCCCCUACCAAUAUGGCCAUCGAUAUGACUAUGACGAUCAUGAUCAGUUGAUUAAGGGCAAAUAUUUCCACGGGCUGGAGGAGUUGGCACUGUCUCCGCUGACACACCGCUCAUUCUCGAAAGCGAUAAAGGGAGUUGAUGAAGAGACAUCGAAAAAGAUUUGGGAUAUAUUGCGCACGAAAUCGUACCUCACGAUGGACUGUACCAAUCCCAAUCUGUGUCACGGACGCGAAGGGUCCAAGUCCAUUUUCAGCGAUUUCAUUCGGCAGCAUCGCUACAGCCAGCAUUUGAAGACCAUGCUAUCGAAGGCGAUAGCGGCAAGGAAAGGACUCAAUAAGAGCGAGUUCGAACAGAAAUGUAAUCGGUGGAUUGAGGGAUCGAACAUGAUAACGCAGGUGUGCACAAAACUCCAGCAGUCAUUAGCCAACGAAAAGAUCAUAGGAGAUGGCGAUCAACACCCUCUAGAGGCACUGCAUGCUGAGUUCCAAGAUGCCUUGAUACAAUACAAGAACCAUAUCCCAGACAUUGUUGGUGUGCUCCAUCAUCAUUUCGCGACUGCCCUGGGACGUUCGGCCGCAGACGUGCAAUCGUACGAAAUUGAUGCCAACGGGAAUCAUCGGAAGUUUUAUACGGGAUUCGCUCGGUAUCGCUUGGAGUACCGCCCAGGAACGAACAAGAUCACCAAAGUAUACCGACAACGGUUUGAUCGGGUGCAGCGCACUGAAGAGCAGUUCCCCAUGGAGCACGACGGUGAUGGCGCUGUCAUCAAGGCGGAGCACAAAGGUAUUAAGCACAUGGAGUACGACAAGCUGUUGCAACGUGUCAGUAAAAUAGAGAUGAUGGACGAACGGAAGUUGUUGUACCAGUACGAUGUGCGCGGCGAACGGACCUUCAAGCAGGUGCUGGAUAAAGAUGGAAAGGUUAUGAGUGAAAAGUAUUACAUACGUGAUGCGAAUGGAUUGGUGCUGAUGGACAUGGAUAUGGUGUAUCUGGCGAAGGAUCAACCACCGGACGUUCGGGUGACCAGUUACAUUUACAAGGACCAGCAGCUGAUUGGGUUCUUGCGCAAUGAUAAGCUGUACGGAGUGAUCACGGAUCACGAAGGAUCGGUCCGGGUGGUGGUGACCGGUGGCGAAGUUGUUGCGGCCUACGAUUACCUUCCCUAUGGACAGAUAUUCCGACGCUUCGGCACCGAUCUCGAUGGGCAGCUCUCGUAUCUGUACACGGGACAGGAGUGGGAACCGGAGACGGGUCUGUACAACUAUCGCGCUCGACUGUACGAUCCCGACAUUGGUAGGUUCUAUCAGAUGGAUCCGAAGGAGCAGUAUCCGAGUCCGUACGUGUAUGCCGGGAAUUCACCAGUUGCUCUCAUCGAUCCGGACGGUGAGCUUGCUUUUGCGAUUAGUUGUAUUGUAAUGGCCAUAAUUGGUGCUUACAUCGGUGCUGCAUCGGCAGGCAAAUCUUGGAAUCCUUUGGAAUGGAACUGGAAGUCCAAAUCUCUCUGGCUAGGAAUGAUUGGAGGGGCUUUAACCGGACUUUCCAUUCCGUACAACUUGACCGCAUCGAUAGCGUACUUCGUCGGCAUGGGUCUAUCACUGUCUGCCUCGAUCGGUAUCAUGAUCGGUUCAGGUAUAACGUUCGGAUACUUUGCUAUGGCUGCAGCGAGCGGUUCCUGGGAUCCACGAAACUUUGAUUUAUCUAGCCCCGGCACUUGGAACGCACUGUUGGGAGGUAUUGCAACGUCAGCUUUCAUCGUAACCAAUCCAAACACGUUGAUAAGCACCUUCCGUUCGAUCAGCAGCACUCUAGGUAGAGCUCUCUUCGUCGUUUCGCAUGUGGCAAUGACUGUGACCUUCGCCUAUUUGUUUGGUGCACUAAAGAUGGGCGGCGAAUUCGACGUACGAAAGUGGGAUUUUACCAACCCAGCAAUAUACUUCGGCAUGCUUGAGGGGUACAUUUCGGCCUCCUUCGCAACAACGAUCGUUCGCAACAUUCCGCGUUUAAUAAAGAAGUACGGCAAGAAGAUAGAAACCGGGCUCGAUCGGUUCGCCGAAACGGAGGUCUACUUUCGAGCGAAGCGGCUCAUGCAAGGCGAUUGGUCAACGAAGCUUGCCAACGCAAGGCACUUCAUGGCGGCGAAUGCGCAAGCGAUUGGCAAUCUGCAGCGCGGUGUAAUACCAAUCGCAUUUUACACCUUCUUUGUGACGUUGCGUAUGGCGGACAGUUACGAGAACAGUGCCAUUCCGGGAUUUUCGGUGUUUCUGCAAAUUCUUCAAACCGCGGUUAUGACGAAAGGAUUUACCAAUCGCGUAGUGAAGCCACUUAUGCCGAAUAGAGUUAACGCACCGCUAGCGCUACGCCUAGAGGCUGUACCCUUGCACGAUAACUUCUCCACGAGAUACAGCUCCUCAGGGGCUGACUCUUUGGGAAGCUUCUUCCAACGCUAUCUUCACGUUCCUUUUGAAUGGUUCUUCCUGCACACGGAAAACGCACACCGCCAGGAACAUUCUUUCGCAGGCACAAUAGACAACUACAAAAAACACUACCGGCACACGUCGAAACACAGCACGAUCGAAAACUGUCAUCCAAUGGCAGAUGAAAGCGGAAACGGAAAGAUUUACGCUUCCUGCUAUUCCCAUCGCUCGGUCAUAACUAUUUAUCCUAAGGAUGAUUCUAUGCUGGACAAGUCCGACACCUAUCGAAACUGUGUUCCGUUGACAUUCAAUAGCAUCCCAGCCAUUUCAUGUGAUGGUGAACGUUCAACACUGCUUGCUAUUCAGCUGGAACCUGCUAAAAUGUUCGACUACGUGGAUGGUUGGCUGUUGCUAGCACGUGUGGCACCAGCCGCGGUUCGAGAAAUGAAGCGAAUCUUUCAAAACCUGUUUGCACUGGGAAUUAAUUCGAAGUGUAAAACAAAGGAUCCACUGGAAAAGCGUGUCAGCGUAGGGGAAUCAAUGAAGAAAACAAUACACGAAUUGCAACUUCUGUACAACAAGUCUGUAACCAACGGUUGGAAAAUGGAUUGGUUCUGUGCCAUGCUGAAGGACCUAGACGAAGAUGUGCAAGAAUACUUGCAGCACGGACACGGAAAUGGCAAUAUGUUGUUGGAACGUUUGGCCGCGUUGCACAGUGAUGCACAGGAAGAAAUCGAGAUGCACGAAGCAAGGAUGACGGUGGGACAGGUUGCUCAAUUUACUAAAUUCCUCGGAGUUCAUGCUGGAUCUACCGUAUCCUUCGAAGAAUUUGUUCCUAUAAACGAUACUGCCAGCUACUGUUCUCGUUCGACAGACCUUUAUCUACGAUCGAUUUAA